CUAGGUUGUCUUCGCAACGAAUAUCCGACAACCGCGAGAACUCUUGAGACCAGAGGACAGCAAAGCAGAGGAAGAGAGGGCUGUGCUGUGACGACAAGGUCGAUUUCGUCAAAAUCCAGAAGGCUGAAGAUCGAUGGCGACUUCUUCAGCAUGAAACUGCAAAUCCUCUCAGACCUCCACCUGGAGACCCCCAAGGCGUACGACGUCUACGAAAUCAAGCCUCGCGCACCCCAUCUCGCACUGCUGGGAGACAUCGGCUGCGUCUCCGACCCAGGGUACCUCGACUUCCUCACCGCCCAGCUGGCCCAGUUCCGCACCGUCUUCCACGUGCUGGGGAACCACGAGCCAUACGGCUCAAGCUGGGGCGCAGCGAGACAGACCCUCCGCGGGUUCCAGGAGCAGAACCGGCGGGACCGGGCCCGGCAGCCACCCGCCGAGGGCAGCGACGGCAUGCCCGGCGAGUACGUCCUCCUCGACCGGGGCGAGUUCCACCUCCCGGGCCACAACCUCACCAUCCUGGGCUGCACGCUCUUCUCGGACGUGCCGGCUGCGUCCAGGGACGACAUCGGCCUCGGCCUCAACGACUUCUUCCGCAUCGGCGGCUGGACGGUGGAGCAGCACGUGGAGGCGCACAGGCGCGACGCCGCCUGGCUGGACGGGCGCGUCGCGGCCAUCGCCCGCGAGCACCCCGGGCGCCGCGUCGCCGUCCUCACGCACCACAGCCCCACGGUCGACGCCAGGGCCGUCAGCCCGAGGCACGCGGCGAGCAAGCUCCAGCCGGGCUUCGCGACGGACCUGCGCGGCCGGGGGUGCUGGGGUGCCGGCAACGUGGUCUUUUGGGCAUUUGGGCACACGCAUUAUAAUUUUGCCCGCUUUCGGGAUGAGGCUACUGGCAAGGAGGUCUACUCGAAUCAGCGGGGGUAUUAUUUCGCGCAGGCGCCUGGCUUUGAUGGGGAGGACGUGGUCGAUCUCGGUGAUUUGACGAUGGAAUAGACGUCAUGGCCAAGCAUCUGACAUGUAAUGGGGUAAUACCUCUAAUUUUUGCGCCAGGUCCUGAGAGGAACUGAAAGGAAUCAACACACCGACUUCACGGAA